GCGCGGCAGGAUCCGGGUGGGUUGGCCGAUGUUUCCUGCCUGAGCGGAGUGCACGGCCCCGAUAAGUGCCGCGGGCGAGCACGAGGUUCGGCGCGCGGCCACCUCGUUGGAGCCACGGCAAUGAAUGGGCACGCUCUGCCGGCCGGCAUGCCAGCGCAUCCCCGGGGCUGGCAUGAGUUCUGUGAGCUGCACGCCAUCAGCACUGCCAAGGAGCUGGCGCAGCACUACCUGCGCUUUGCCACCGAGCACCCGCACCAUGACCUCCUGGCCGCUGAGAACUUCUCGGUGCAGUUCACCGACCUCUUCCAGCAGUACUUCUGCCAUGAGGUGAAGGAGGGCUUCGCCAUGAACCAGCUCCGCAUUCUGCCUGCCGGCCCGGUGCGGGAUUACCGGGAGACGCACCGGCGGCACACGGACGCCUCCCUGUGCACAGUGGCUGCCAAAGCUGAGGGGGAGCUGGGCACCCGCCCCGAGCAGCCUGGCCGAGCCCCCGAGACCACCCCGAUGGGGCUGCGCAAGUCCUGGAGUUCAGAGGAGCUGGCAGGGCCAGCGCGGCGGCCCUUCUCGCUCAGCCAGCUGCGCCGGAGCUGGCGCAGCCUCUUCCGACGCCGUUCCUCGGAUGUCCUCCCUGGGGAUGGGGAUGGGGAGGCGGCGGCAGAGGUGGCUUUCAAGCCGGGACUGGGCAAGCGCAUCCUGCCGUGGGGGCUGUCGCGGGAGCAGCCCCCCGAGGUGCGCAAGGAGGGGCUUCUCAAGUACGGGCUGCUGGACGAGACCUCCUUGGACAGCGGGACGCGCUGGCAGCGCUGCCGCCUGGUGCUGCGGCGAGCAGGGACGCCUGACGGCGAGGAGUACGUGCUGGAGCUCUUCGACCCGCCCAAGGGCUCCAAGCCGAAGCUGCACGCUGCCUGCUCUGCUGUCCAGGAGGUGCGGAGGUGCACACGCCUCGAGAUGCCCGAUAACCUCCACACCUUCGUCCUCAAGGUCACCAACGCCACCGAUGUCCUGUUCGAGGUGGGGGACGAGCAGCAGCUCAGCUCCUGGACGGCUGAGAUCUGGGAGUGUGCGCACAGGGGGUCUGACAUGGGCGACCCUGAGCUUCUGGCGUGCCGGCACCCUGACCCUGCGGCCGCCAGCCCCACCACCAGCACCGACAGCCAAGGUGAGCAGCAGGAACACCCAGGGGACCCCAGGGGCAGGGCAUCCCUCGCUGGGGGGUACCUGCAUCCUGCCAUGGCUGGCCAGGCUGAUCGGCACCUGCGGCUGGCGCUGACAGAGCGGGGCCAGUGCCGCGUCCAACACCUCCGCUUCUCCUCCAUCGUGGAGAUGCUGCACCACUUCCAUCGUUACCCCAUUCCACUGGAGUGCGGGACAGCCUGCGACGUCCGUCUGUCCAGCUACGUCGUCGUCCUGCCCCAGCCGCAAGCUCCUGGUUCCGGCAGCACGGUCCCUCUCCCCCUGCCCGUUCCCAGCUGGAACCCCGAAUUCAGCCUUGCCCCCACUGGCUCCUCCUGCCCCCGUGGCCCCGACGAGACCCCCCCAGGUCCCCCGCCGGAGCAGAUCUUCCACCUGGUGCCGCCGCCGGCCGCCCUGCGCCCGAGCGGGCCAGCCUUGGCCCCUGGUCCCCGGCACCGCGAUUCGGACUACGAGGCGGAGGCGCCGGGUCGGGGCCACAUCCGCGCCAUCGACAACCAAUACACACCGCUCUGAUGGGCGCCGCGCCAGCACUGAGAUGCACUUUCGGUGGAGAAAUCCUAGAGACCUUCUGGGUAUCCCAUCGAGAGAAAGAAUGUACGUAGUUUCUUCCUUCUGGUUAGGGAUUAUUAUUAUAUUUUUGCAAGGAAGGGGGCAAUUUUUCACUCCAAUAUGGGUGUGCUCCCUCUCUUUGGCCUGUUAAAGGGCCUUUUUUUUUUUUUUUUUUUUUUUUUGUUGUUAUUAUCAAAGCUUUCUUGUUACUGUUUACACAUGCCGCUCCUGCCUGCGUCCCUGCGUGCCGAGCAUUGCGCCGUCGGGCUCGGUCUCCCGCCUGUCCCUGACACAACAGCGCCCAGUGAAGAAACCGGGAUCUUGCGUUACACCCAUAUAAUUGGAGAAAGAUUAAAAAAAUAGGAACAACAACAACAACAACAACAAAGUGGAUUAUAAAUUCAUCGACCAGUUGCUGCUCUGGGCUGCGUGCAGGUGAAGACGAGCCCCGUCCUCCCGCCCCAGCACGUGCUGCCGCUGCCAAGCCCUCCAGCAAACCCCGACCUGCCGGAGCUGAGCUCCUGCGUCGGGCGAUGACGACGAUCGCGAUCAAAGUUUGGGCUUUAUUUUUAGAUAAGGCAAAAACUGGCUUUUCUUGCUCUUCUUUUUUAACCUAGCACAGUUGCAGUCACUCCCUGCACCAGUGUUGCUAAUUAAGACGUGAACACUAACUGCUCCAUCAUAAAUAAUGUCACCAGCUGAGAACUAAUGCUGAGACUGACAGCAGGUAACUCCUCCUGGUGAUGGAAGCAUUUUAGGCACAAAUCUUAAGUGGGUUUUUCCCCCAAAACAUUUUUUUUACCUUGCCAGCACAG